GCGGCUGGGAGAGAUAUGGAGAACAGUCAACCAGAGAUGAGAACCCAGGAAAUGGCACAGGCAGCCCUGUUCACAGAGACGCCCCACGACAUGACGGCGCGGACGGGCGAGGACGUGGAGAUGGCCUGCUCCUUCCGUGGCAGCGGCUCCCCCUCCUACUCGCUGGAGAUCCAGUGGUGGUACGUGCGGAGCCACAGGGACUGGACGGACAAGCAGGCAUGGGCCUCAAACCAGCUAAAAGCAUCUCAGCAGGAAGACGCAGGGAAGGACGCCACCAAAAUAAGUGUGAGUUCUGAUAAUGGCUUCUCAUAA